GGAGCCUAUCUUGCGCAGACUGGGUACUGUACAUGGCCAUUGAUGCUGCUGGAUAGAUGUAGCCCCUGAUGUAAAUAAGAAUGGCGAGGGCAGCGGGUCUAACAUGCCGCGUUAUCUCUGCUUGACAUCGGAACAUUUUUAUGCCACCAUCGGGAUUUUUUUUUUAUAUCAACGCGGGGGCCUUUUCUCGUUUUCAUCUGAAUCUGCCUUGACAGCUCGCCUGAUGAUUUUCAUUUGACACAAGAGCCAAAGCAGACGGGCGGCUUCUUCUAAUAAACACUCGGGAAAAACAGGUCAUUAUGACCUUAGUAUCCUCCAGUAAAAGAAAACCAUCGGAUUGUUUUUACGCGGCAGCAUUCUGCUUGCAUUUUUUGCUUUGGAUUUCGUGUGCUGUGUCCGGAGAGGAGGAUCAUCAGUUCAGCGUUGAGGGAUGGCUACAGAGGUAUGGCUACCUUCCCCGCACAGAACCGGGAAUGUCUGUCCUGCGCUCGGCCCACACCAUGCGCUCAGCCAUUGCUGCCAUGCAGCGCGUCUACGGUCUCAAUGUCACAGGGACACUGGAUGAGAAAACCAAGGAUUGGAUGCAAAAGCCUCGCUGUGGAGUUCCAGACAAAUUUAAAAGUGCCGCGAGGUCACGGAAGCGGAGAUACGCGCUGACAGGACAGAAGUGGCAGCGUACACACAUCACCUACAGCAUAAAAAAUGUCACACCAAAGGUGGGCCCCCGGGAGACUCACGAUGCCAUCCGGCGGGCGUUUGACGUGUGGCAGGGUGUGACUCCCCUACGCUUUGAGGCCGUUCCAUACAGUGCACUGGAGACUGGCAGGCGUGACGUGGACAUCACCAUCAUCUUCGCUUCGGGUUUUCACGGUGACAGCUCACCCUUCGACGGGGAGGGGGGAUUCCUUGCCCACGCCUAUUUCCCGGGACCAGGCAUAGGAGGGGACACACACUUUGACUCAGAUGAGCCCUGGACCCUGGGGAACCCCAACCAUGAUGGUAACGACUUGUUUUUGGUUGCGGUGCAUGAGCUUGGCCACGCCCUCGGUCUGGAACACUCUAACGACCCCACCGCUAUCAUGGCUCCUUUCUACCAGUACAUGGACACAGAGAACUUCAAACUACCUCACGAUGACCUUCAGGGCAUCCAGAAAAUCUAUGGUCCACCAGAUAGAGCACCGCAGCCUACCAGGCCUCCACCUACUGUCCCGCCUCCCCGCUUCCACCCUCCCUCAGACCCCCGUAAGCAUGACCGCCAUGCCAGACCCCAUCGCCCUCCGCAGGGGGCCAAGCCCUCCAACCCCAACUCCAAACCCAACAUCUGUGAUGGGGGCUUCAACACUCUGGCCAUCCUCCGGCAGGAGCUUUUUGUGUUCAAGGACCAGUGGUUUUGGAGGGUACGGGACAACUCAGUCGUCCCUGGCUACCCCAUGCAGAUCAACUACUUCUGGAAAGGCUUGCCUCCCAAAAUUGAUGCCGUGUAUGAAAACAGCGAGGGGAAGUUUGUCUUUUUCAAAGGAAACCGUUUCUGGGUCUUCAAGGACACAACUCUCCAGCCUUCAUACCCUCAGGACAUCUCGCUGUUCGGGAGCGGCAUGCCCACUCAGAGUAUUGAGACAGCUGUCUGGUGGGAGGAUGUCGCCAAAACCUACUUCUUCAAAGGAGACAGGUACUGGAGGUAUAACGAGGACAUGAGGACCAUGGAUCCAGGCUAUCCCAAACCCAUCAGCAUCUGGAAGGGCAUCCCUGACUCUCCACAGGGGGCUUUUGUGGAUAAGGCCAACGGCUUUACCUACUUCUACAAGGGAAAGGAAUACUGGAAGUUCAACAACCAGAUGCUUCGUGUGGAGCCCAGCUACCCGAGGUCCAUCCUGAGGGACUUCAUGGGCUGCGACGGUCUACCUGCCCCAGACCCUGACUGGGGCUGGAACCCGCCAGUGGCAGAGGAACACAACAACUAUGACACCGGCGACGUGGACGUUGUCAUCAAACUGGACAGCGCAGGGGGCACGGAGAAAGCAGUUGCCAUCGCUAUUCCCUGUGUCCUGGCUCUGUGCAUGAUGGUCCUCCUCUACACUGUUUUCCAGUUCAGGAGGAAGAGCACACAGCGCCACAUACUGUACUGCAAGCGCUCCAUGCAGGAGUGGGUCUGAGGGACUGUUACGGCACUGUAUAGAGAGGGGUGUGAAGCUCUGAUAGAGGUCUAGUUAUUACUUGAAGCCCUAAGUACAGUAAUUGGAAGCACUGUAAAGGGUACAGUACAUAAGGAUUGCCAUGUUGGCAGAUUUUAAAACGGCUUGAACUCGUAACAAGCUGAGAGGAAGCGAAACGAUCAGCAGAACUCGACAGUGAGAGAGCCACAUCUCCUGUGUCCAACUAAUAUGUAUGUAUCUGCUUUGACUUUUUUCUGUAUCUUGGAAUGAACUCAAUUAAGGGAGACAGAGUUAAGCUACUGUAAGUGGGACCUUUGUCUAUCCUCGUCUCUGCACGCCGCUUAAAAAGCCCCUAGCACUAACUUCAGUGGACAAAUUAGAUAUAGGCUUCUACUUUACUUUCAUUUCUUAAUUAAAUCGCUCUGAGCUGUGCUUUUUUUUUUCAUCUAGGGUCCCUGUAAAAGAUUAUUCAUUGUGUGGAGGACUGAUACACAAACCAAAUAUGACCUUUUCUUCCAAAGAGGAUUACUACUCGAUGUUGUUUUUGAUGGGAUAUUUUCCCUCCAUGGAUCGAACAUUGUGGCAUCAUACUCGAGAUUUUCUUUUGCCGUUGGUAUUCACGUCCACCCGUCUGCUCUGUAAUCUGUGGGGAGAGGAAGCAGCCGUUAGUAAGAGCUGGGAACUCAAGACUAUUGUGGCAGUGUUUCUCCAAAACGGGGGCCAAAAACCUCUCUGCAAUAUUUAUGAGACUGCCUUAAUCACAGAUUGCUUAAACUCCCUUCUCUCUCUCUCCGUUUCUCUGGUGUGGAUACUGAGUGACACAGUAGGAGUACAAACAGUGUAAAAAGGCAUUCAUUACUGCCCAUAAUGCAACUUCAAAACCACUAGUUAAGGACAGUUUGAUCCACGGUGGGUUCAUUGCUUUGAAAAUGUGCUAAGCAGUGCUAAAUAGCUGACGGCAAGCAGGCUAUCAGCUUUCAUUUACUGCCUCACCGGAGGGGAUGAGAGAGAAAGGGAAGGUUAGUUGUGCGUGUGUGUGUGCGUGCGCGUGUGUGUGUGUGUGUGCGUGUGUGUGCGAAAGCGACAGUAAUUACCCACACUAUAUAUGUACUGUACUGCACUGUAGUGUCAGUUAUUGAACAGCUAACAUCCCGCUUCCCUGUUUUUUCCUGCCAAGUUUGGACACUAAUACUCCAAACAGUGUCAGUCCAUGUGUUUUAAACAGCUUCACUAAUCCAUUUUUCAUUGUUUUCUUUUCAACUUUUGUACAAGGUCUGUAAGUUUACAUACUAUUUCACACAGCAGAGGACACAGAGAGUGUGUUGGGGAGGAAAGAGAAAGGAGGGAAAUGAGACCCCGUCUAUAUGUAUACAGAUAUUUUUAAAAACAGAUAUUUUACUCUAUGUUUUGGCCUCUCGUCCAUGCAAACAGAUUUUCAGGUCACUAAAAUGGAGAUUUUUAAAACGUCCUCUAAGGUGCAGAUUUUUUAACACUCCGGUACUACGUGUGGACAUGUAAAAUGGAGCAUUUGGUAAUGGCAUAAUUGCGCUUUGUGUAAUGAGCAUACGCUAGAGGCGACAACAAUGGCGGACUACUAGUUUGCUAAUGUUUUUUAGCACUGCUUGAUCUAAUAACUUUUGCUCCACCUCAGCGUCCACCACUUUGGAUCAAACCAGUAGAUGGUGGGACACGUUUAAGAGUGGGAUUGUUGUCAGAAAGACUUAAGCAUAUCGAGAGCAUCACGCAUAUGCCUGAGUGAGCUUCUUCAUCCCGUAUCAAACUGAAAUCAGUGGUGAUGAGAUCUGUGAUAGGUGUUUUGAAAAAGGUUACAUUAUGACAGCUAAUAGCAGCUAGCAUUUAGGAUCGUUUUUGCGUUCUAGUUUGGACGGAGACAUUUUUGAAGACGAAGGUCUGUAUCUGUAUCUGUAUAUCUGUACACAUCUAGACAGGGCCUGAGACACAUAUGGUAUUUCUCAUUUUAAAUAAAAGUCAUCUCAGCAUCUCGACUCAUUACAGGCACAUCAGCCUCUCAUUAAUGGCCAGUGCUGAUUGCAUUUACAUCCUCUCAUUAAGUCACUGCAAAUAGAUUUUGAGGAAAUGCAAAGCAGAACAAUUGUUAUAAAGAAGAAAACACAUAUCUAAACAACAACAGGAAUUAAUCCACAAAAAAUAAAGUCACUUACUGUUGUAAUGUUAAAGGAAAAAGUAAACUGGUUCAGCCUGUGUGUUCAGUAAUGGAGCCAGGUUGUUUUAUGCACUGUAAUUGUAGUCAUCCAUUAUUCAGAAACUAUACUAAUGUUACAUUAACAAUUUACUAAUAAAUGUUUAUAGGACGACUCUAACAUUGGAAUUAACAUAUCGGAAAAACCAAAAACUAGCAAAACUAAGUCUGGCGGCAGACGUUUCACAUAUAUAUCUUGAUCUAUGAUGUUGCAUAUAUCGAUGACAUCAUACAUAAACCAUAAUAUGUUUCAAAGAUCUUAAUCAGCUGACUAUGAGACACAAUUAAGGGAAACAAACAAGGGCAUAGGGUUCAUUACAACAUUGUGGGGGGCAUAUAUGUAACAGGGGGUUAGGGCUCCUCCCUCAGGAAAUUUGGAGCAUCAAUUAGCAGUUGUUUAUUUUAUUUUAUGCAAUCUGGUGGAUUUUUCUGCACAAUUUGCAUGCACAUGUUCUAAAUAUUGACAGGGACGUGUCCCCUGCGUCCUCCCCUGAAAUCCACACCUAUAGAUACAAAGGCAGACUCUCUCUGAGCUGUGGCGGAGCUAAUCUGAGGAGGAGCGUUUUCCUGCUUCUCCCAUAUGUUGUACAAUAAAUGCAAUACACAGCCUGGAUCCUAAUUAAACAUGUCGUCACGCAGUCUGCCUUCGAUCGCUGCCAUACAUGUAACAGUGUGGUUGUGUGGUGUUUCUCAGUUUGCAAUACGACCUGUCUGUGAGCAUUCAUCAUGUGGGGUUUUUUUUGUUUUUUUUAUUUAAUAUAUUUGUGCUCCUUGAUUUUGUUACUCUUUUACUUGAAAUGAUCGUCACCAUCAACUGUACAGGAUAUCUGACAUAAUCUUCCGUUGAUAUCAAGACAGUGCUGUUUCAUGCCAUAUCACAGAUACUAUCUAUGAAGGGUAAGUGAGUUGGAACAGUGACUGAUGAGAUGUGGUUUUAUCUUGUCAUCAUUUGGAAGGGAUAUAAACUUAAAAACCUACAUAAGGGCAAUGCAUGCCGUUGUUAAAACUAAGAUGUCAUUCUUUCACACAUCAUUCAGACACCCUUGUACUCUUCAGCCUCUCCCGUUAAGUUGAAGUGAUUGACUGAUGAGCGUUGUAGGUUCCUGUUGGAUGUCAUCUUUUAUAAACCAUGUGAAAUGACUAGCUUCCAGCCUCGGUCCUUCCCUGUUACAAUCUUCAGGCGAUUGUCAAACUGGUGAAAGAAAAUGUUCACAUUUUAAAGGCAGGAACAUCUUAAAAGCAGUGCUGAAUUGCAGCAGUGCACAUCCGUCCAUGUUGAUCCACAACCACUGUAAUUUAAGGUGGAAGCAAAAGCCUUUGGCUCAGUGUUGUGUGUGAUGUCUUAUCAGUGUGUGUUUGUGGUGAGGGUCUGACAGCUCCAGUGAGAGUGAGUUAAAGACGGCCAGUGAGGCGAGUUGGUACUGUAUUUAUUGCUGUAUUUAUUCAUCUGUGCUCAGCACCUCAAAUCUUGCAUUGCAUUGUACUGAGGGCAAGAAGCUGUCAAUAAAGUGGGUCUGAAAUGCUAUUUUUUUUUCCUAGUCAGAGUCAAGUUAUCCUCCUCCUUUUGUUACUCUCUUAACAACAAACAUCUGGUGUGAAUGCUUUUCCAUCUUUCAGAGGUAAAUCACAAUCUUGAAAAGGUCACAUAUUAAAAAUGCUCUUUUUUUGACUCUUAAAUCACUUGAAAUGUGUGACAUUUUAAAUCGUAAGCAGGAAGUCUCAAUGCUCCGACCUGACCCUGUUUAUCUCCAGACUCCAGAGCUUUUUUUUUUUUUUUGUCUGCCUUCACACACGCUGCUAAGCAUUAGGGCUAAUUUGGAGUGUCGUUAAAAGGAAGUAGAUGGGGCCGAUUAGACAGCGGUCGAUACGCCAGAGAGGCAAGGGUGCGGAGGAGACGGGGAGCAAUUUGCAAUCAGUGCAGUCAAGAUCUCAUACACAGAUACAUGCAGUAUAUACUUCGAGGCAUAGUGUAUGAGAAGUAAACAUAUUGCAUAAUAUGUACAUAAAGACAGAGUGUAUAUUGUCUGCUUGGGAGAAUUUUGUUUUUAAGCCAUUCAUUCCAUGGAUAAAGAAAAUGCUGUGUGUUGUAAAUAAAACAAGUGCAUAA